CCGGCGGCGGCGCUACAGCGCUCGCCCCCCUCCCCCAGCGCCGGCCCAGGAGGGAGGCGGCCCGAGCAAGAUGGCGGCGCGAGUGCUGCUGCGGUGGAGCCCGGCGGGAGCCGGCGCCGUGCCGCGUCUCCCGCCCGGCGGCGGCCUAGCCCUCAGGGGGAUGGUAUCUUCAGCUAGCAGACCUCGUGAAGACAGUUGGUUAAAAUCGCUAUUUGUUCGCAAAGUCGAUCCAAGGAAAGAUGCUCACUCCAACCUUCUAGCCAAAAGAGAGACCAGCAGUCUGUAUAAACUACAGAUUCACAAUGUAAAACCAGAAUGUCUAGAGGCCUACAACAAGCUUUGUCAAGAGGUGCUGCCAAAGAUUCAUGAAGAAAAACACUACCCAUGUGCACUGGUGGGGACUUGGAACACGUGGUACGGAGAGCAAGAUCAGGCUGUUCAUCUAUGGAGGUAUGAGGGAGGCUACCCAGCUCUCAAUGAGGUCAUGAGUAAACUCCGUCAAAAUAAGGAGUUCACAGAGUUUCGCAAAGAACGAGGUAACAUGCUUCUCUCUCGCAAGAACCAAUUACUGCUGGAAUUCAGCUUCUGGAACGAACCUGUUCCCAGAGAGGGGCCGAAUAUUUAUGAACUGAGAUCCUAUCAACUUAGACCUGGAACUAUGAUUGAGUGGGGAAAUUACUGGGCCCGUGCAAUUCGUUUCCGACAAGAUAAUAACGAAGCAGUUGGAGGAUUUUUCUCACAGAUUGGACAGCUGUAUAUGGUUCAUCACCUUUGGGCUUACAAAGAUCUCCAGACCAGAGAAGAUAUAAGGAAUGCUGCGUGGCAUAAACCUGGCUGGGAUGAGCUAGUCUAUUACACAGUGCCCCUUAUUCAGGAAAUGGAGUCCAGAAUCAUGAUACCAUUGAAGAUUUCUCCACUUCAGUAAAGUCAUUGAUUUACUUGUGCCUACAUAGAUAAAGUGACAAGUAUUUGUCUUAAUUAAUUUAUGGUAUACAUUGUAUAUCAUAGUCAAAAAUAUAAAAGUACUGUAUUGAGCUUAUAAAGGAGACCUCUUUUCUUCAGAAUCUAGUGACCUUUUCCUCUUGGGAUUGUACCGGAAAAAAAGAAAUACAGGCCUGUAGCUAAAAGGUUGGUUAAUUCUAAAGAAACUCCUCAGGUUAAGUAUGGCAUAUGGUUUUUAAUAUCUUCUCCUAGAUAGAAAGUGCCCGUUGUUCACAACAGCAGUAGAAUGGAGUGUUGUAGUUGCUGUGGCCUUUGUGUAGCAUUUAUAAUGACUGCAGAUUGAAAAAAACAAUGGGGAAGUUCUGCAAUCAGGAGCUUUGAAACCCUCAUGCAGCUGACCUAGCUGUUCUAGCAGGGCUGAAAGCACUAAGUAGCUCUAAAUUUACUAAUAGACGGUUAUUAAUUGAGGAUAAUAUCUGUCAGGUGAUAGCUUAUGGGCAGAGAAUAGGGCAUUCUGUUUUGCAAGGACACUGAAACUUGAUGAAACUUACACAUUUUUCUAGAUAUCAACAUCUGGAAUUAAUCUUGUGAAAUUAUGUAGAGCCUUUUUUUUUUAGAAGUAUGACCCACUGUUUCCAAAGAGAUACUGACAUGACAUGGUUGUCUGAACGUCCUGCAGAGAAGCAAUUUCAGUGAAAUAAAUUUAUCUAUAGAAAUAAAUCUAGGAAAAGGGGUUUUAUUUAAUAAGCAAUCAUGACUUCAGACAUAUGCUUGGUCAGGUGUUUCACUAACUGUACAGUAGGUACUUAAGAAUUAAUGUGUGAAACUGGCGCAUGCUGAGUCAAUAGGAUUGGCAUAGAGCAGUGUACCAUUAUGUCCAGUUCUAUUUUGGUUUCACUUUUAGACUAGAAAAUAUCAACACUUUUAGUGUCUGCAAUGAUGUGAACAUCCUGUAAGUGAAAAUAAUAAUCUCUUUUCAAAGUGGCUAGAAGAAUCAGUGUAACAUAGAGAAUGUACAAAUCAGUUACUGAAUGUCCAGUUUGUACAUUUCAGUGAGUUUCAGGAAAAACAUCGGUCAAUAAAAUCCUUUUAAUUUUCACAUA